GUGAUGCAGGAAGAGAGCGCAAAUGCUAUGGAAUGUGAACCGCUGCCAGCAGAGACACUGCGACAAGUGACCAUUCACCGAGACCCUAUAUAUGGCUUUGGCUUCGUGGCCGGCAGUGAGAGGCCUGUGGUGGUGCGAUCUGUGAGGCCAGGAGGCCCCUCUGAGGACAAACUCCUGGCUGGUGACCAGAUUGUAGCUAUCAAUGAGGAAGAUGUGAGUGAAGCUCCCAGGGAGAGAUUCAUUGAACUCAUCAGGAGCGCUAAGGAAUUCAUCGUUCUUACAGUUCUGCACACUCAUCAGUCCCCCAAAUCUGCCUUCAUCAGUGCUGCAAAGAAGGCCAAGCUGAGAUCCAAUCCAGUGAAGGUCCGAUUUUCUGAGCAAGUGGCUGUUGGAGAAACAGAUGCAAAAAUGAUGAAGAAAGAAGCGCUUCUCCUCAUCCCCAAUGUCCUGAAAGUCUUCUUAGAAAAUGGGCAGAUCAAGUCAUUCACAUUCGAUGGCCGGACAACUGUUAAGGAUGUGAUCAUAACAUUGCAAGACCGUCUUUCCCUAAGGUACAUUGAGCACUUUGCUCUGGUUCUUGAGUAUGCAGGACCAGAACAGAACCACAAGUUUCUGCUUCUCCAGGAUAAGCAGCCUCUGGCUUAUGUGGUGCAGCGCACACACUAUCACGGAAUGAAAUGCCUCUUCCGAAUAAGUUUCUUUCCCAAAGAUCCAGUGGAAUUGCUGCGUCGGGACCCUGCUGCUUUUGAGUACCUGUACAUCCAGAGUCGGAAUGAUGUGAUUCGAGAACGCUUUGGAAUGGACCCCAAGCCGGAGAUGCUCUUAGGUCUUGCUGCCCUACACAUCUAUAUAACUGUGUCAGCCACUCGGCCUAGUCAGAAGAUAUCACUCAAGAAUGUGGAGAAGGAGUGGGGCCUGGAACCAUUUCUUCCCCCCUCCCUCCUGCAGGGAAUCAAAGAGAAGACCCUCCGAAAAUCUCUCUCUCAGCAGCUGAAGGCCCACCAAACACAUCCUUCCUGUGGCACCAAGGGCUCUGCAGUUCAGGCAAAGCUCCAGUACCUUCGAAUUCUGAAUGAACUUCCAACUUUCACGGGCGUUUUGUUCAACACUGUGGGCCUGGAUGAGAAGCAGUCAGCCACUACUCUCCUGGUGGGACCCCGUCACGGCAUCAGCCAUGUUAUUGACCUCAAAACCAACCUUACCACUGUGCUGUCCGAGUUCAGCAAGAUCAGCAAGAUCCAGCUGUUCCGGGAGAACCAGGGUGUGGCCCGGGUGGAGACCAGCAUCAUGGAUGCCAAGCCUCUGGUGCUGUUGAUGGAGUGGCCUGAAGCCACCAACUUUGCCUGUCUGAUUGCCGGGUACUGCCGCCUCCUCCUGGAUUCUAGGAAGAUGGUCUUCUCCAGGCCUGCCAGCCAACCUCUUCCACCUCCAAUGAUCAAGGCAGAUUACAUGCACAGCUCCCACCACCCUGUCGCUGGGGGCCACCUGGGGAAAAAGGAGAGUUGUUAUGUGGGCAGCGUGGGCACCAGCCCCAGGAAGUCGAGCAGCUGCACGCCCCCGCCUGCCGACUCUGAGCUUGUCAGCUUUUGCUACCUCCACAUGCGGGAGCAGAGGAAGGAGCAGGAAAGCCGGACAGAUGUCAAUGAGAACUUAAUCUUCUUUGAAGAGACCAGGCCCCGGACCAAGUCUGACCCCACGUCCAAAAGUUCUGGCCAGGGUUACGAUGUGGUCCCGGAUGACUUUGAUGCAGCCAGCCUUGAUCAUGAACCUUGUGCCAGCAGGGCCCGGUCCUUCACCCUGGACAAUUCCCUUGGGGCUGAAGCCCUGAAUUUCUACUGUGACUCAUGCAAGGCCAAACUCCAGGAGCAAGUGGGUCCUCGGAAAGGUGGGAGGCCUGCCUCCUCUCGUGACAACAUGGUGGACUUGAUGUCCCUGCCACCCCCUGGGAGGGAGGAAGAGGAGGAAGAGGAAGACCAGAGCACAUCUUUGCUGCCUGCUAUUGCAGCUCCACCUCCUGGCUUCCGAGACAACAGUUCUGAUGAAGAUGAUCCCAAGCGCCGAGCCGUCCAGAGCCAGGAACAAGGACGCCACCUGCGUGGGCUCCUGUACGAUGAAAUUCCAGUGACAUUGAUUGAUAGUGUGCAGACCCGGACAGUUCGAGAUCAUGCCCAGGAACUGGAUGACGCCCUGGUAUCCACUCUGCAGGCUCUAGAAGCCCUGGCAGCCUCAGAGGAUGGACCACACCCCCCACCCCCACAGACUGCAGGCUUGAUUGUGCUGGCCACAAUCACCCCGGAAUCAUCACUGGACUCGGGCCAUGAGACCAACUCUUCUGAGCUCACAGACAUGUCAGAGAUGAUGUCUGCCAUGAAGCAGCAUCAGAACACCACCUACUUCUUGGCCCAGCACCUCAACAAGGACAGCCUCCUGGCCUGCAAGGACUUACCAUUCCGGAUCCAGAGCUGCGCAGCCCAGGCUGUUCUCACAGCCCCUUACUCUCUUGGGCGCCCGGAUCCCAAUGCGUCCCUGCCACCAGCUGUGACAGGCCAGAGUCCAGGGCCCCCUGGCGCUCGGAGGAAGCUUCCUCAGCCGGAGGCCCAGGCCCAGCGGGAGAGAACCUAUGCUCUUGCCGUGCACCCGGCCCUGUCUCCACAGCUUAGUGAGCCGAAGAAUCUGAGCCUGCUGUCCCCGGUUCCUGAGGACAAAGGGCCUGGUCACACUAGACCUGGCCUGGAGAUGUCACUGAGGGCAGCCUCACCAUCCCUUGUUGAAGAGCAGGUCUCAGAGCUGAGGGAGAACCUGCCCAAGGAGGUCAGGCUGAGCCCCAAGCUUAUCCUGGAACCCAAAGGCAGUGUAACCCCAGCCAUCAUCUCGGCUGCCCUCCAGCAGGUGGUUCACACUAAAAGUCUCCCAGCCCCUAACAGUGCCAUGGGAAAUCCUCCCAGCAGUGGGGAGAGGAAGCUGGAGGCCAUCACAGGGAGGCCGGAGGUCAGCAUGGGGAGGCCAGAGGUUGGCAUAGGGAGGCCAGAAGCAAGUGGGAUGAACAGCAGUGCCAAUAAGAAUCUUAAGUUCAAAAUGAGCCCUGGUGCUCCAGAGCGCACUCGGAAUCCUCAGCAGCAGCUGAGCCCAGAAUUCUCUUCUGGCUCCAGGGCUGACAGCCGAGUGAAUAGCCUCCAAUUUUCACAAGAGGACAGGAUGCCCGCUCAGAGCUUCCCUUCCAAGAGCCAUGUCUCACGAGCAAGUCGAGAGUCUCUGGGCAAGCCAACUGCUGGAGAGGGAACCAGCAAGGGUGGACUGGAGGGUAUUAAGCCUGCCCUGCACAAGCAGGGCACCCCCUCCAGCCAGGGGGAGAAGGGACAGCUGGAGGGCACACCCCAAAGCAGCAAGGUCGAUGAGGCCAGCCUGGUCCCCAGAGCCAGCUACCCCAAAGCUCUGCAGAGCCCCAGCUGUCAGCCUCGAGGCCCCAGCCCCAGCAACCAGUCCCGAGGCCCCAGCCCUAGCUGCCAAGCUCGAGGCCAGAGCCCACUAAGGCCUCAGGUCACCAGCCGCCAGGUGAGCACCAUGCCCUCCAGGAAGCUUGAAACAACCCUGGAUGGAGCCCCAGCGACCUCCAAAGGCUCCACAAAGCCCAAGUCCUCCCGAGGGCCCUUCCGGCUUCGCAAUCUGUUCUCUGCCACCUUCCCAACCCGUCAGAAGAAGGAAACUGAUGAGAGGCAGGCACAGCUACAGAAGGUCAAGCAGUACGAGCUAGAGUUCCUGGAGGAACUGCUGAAGCCCCCAAGCCAAGGAGAGCUGCCGAGCACAGAGUACCUGCAGCCCCCAGCACCUGGCCGUUGCAGCUGCCAGCUCCGAAGCAGUCCGGUGCAGCAGGGGCCAGGCAUGUCCCGAGAGCAGAGGCGCAGCUGUGAUUGCAAGCGCAUCUGCCGCGGGGGCUGGCCACAGGCCCCCCAGACACCUGUGCCUGGUCCGUGGGGGAAGGAGAGGGACAGGGCCCCCCCAACCCAGAGGCAGCCCAAGGCUGGCCCAAGCUUGAGUCUCAUCAGUAGCCCUAGCAACGUCCAGCGCAUCCGCUCCACCAGCCUGGAAUCCCGAGAGUGCAGAUCAGACCCCGAGAGUGGGGUGUCAUGCCUCACCACGUGUGCCUCCGGGGGCGAGUGCCUGGGCACCACUGACUACCGGAAACUGAUGCGUCGCUUCAGCAUUAGUGAGCUCGAUCAGGGCAGCAAGGCCUUGCUGACCUCGGAUAUCUACCCGCGUCCACCGCUGGGCAUGCUGCCCCGGGAGGCCAAGGAGGUAGAGGCAAGCCUCCCCUUAGCCUUGGGUCCCAAGAACAAGUCUCUGGAGUCACCGGCCCUGGGAGACCCCUCAUAUGUCCAGGUGGCCCCUGAGACCAAAGGUCCCCGAACGAUGGCUGUGUUCACACUGCCUGAAGAAGUGUACCGGAAGCCCACCGACCUGGACGAGGAAAGCGAGAGCGGCAAGUGCUGCUCCAUCCGCUACUGCUUCUACUACCGCAAGUGUGACAUAACCGAUGACGCUAGUGAUGGCAAGGAUGAGCUCUCCUACUCCAUCCCCAUGAAGAUUCUGCCCGGCAUGAAGCUGGACGAGCAGGUGAUGCCUGUGAUGAGUAGGACCCUGCAGGUACUGGACGCUGCGGCCACCUGCAGCAGCAGCAACCCUGAGGCCGCACGCACCCAGGAGAUUGACCUCCGGGCCUCCACCUUUGAGGGCAGUCUGGCCAAGAUCAAUGCCCUGCGGGCCCAUGCCUACGGCCUGCCUGACGGCUUCCUGGCAGCCCGCCUGGACACCAAUGAGCUGCUGACCGUCUUGCGGCAGUGUGUGGCCAGCCCAGAGGCCCGAGCCCCUAAGCCCUAUGUCUCGCAGAUCUCUGAGUAUAAGCUCGAGCUGGCUCUGAAGUUCAAGGAGCUCCGAGCCUCCUGCCGCCGCGUGGCCAACGUGGACAAGAGUCCAACCCACAUGCUGGCGGCCAUCACGGGCAGCUUCCAGGUGCUGAGUAGCCUCAUCGAGACCUUCGUGCGGCUGGUGUUCAUUGUGCGCUCUGAGGCCCAACGCCAAGAGCUGCUGGCCAAGGUGGAAGAGGUGGUGAGGAACUAUACCUUCCUGCUGCGUGCAGCCGAGGAGUCGACUGCCCGCAACCUUAACCAGCAACAGCAGCAGCAGCAGCAGCAGGAGGAGGAGGUUGCGGCUGCAGCAGCUAUGGGGGUGACCACUGGGCACACACCAGGCUCCCCAACCUCGGCGACUGUUAUGAGCACAUUCACCCGCUCCUUAAAAACCCUCAUUAAGUAGGGCGUCUGCCCAGGUCUGCCCCCCUUCCCCCUCAACACGACCCCAGGUUUCAGCUUUAUGGUCUUUGCAUCUCGUGGUGAGUGUGUAUUGCUGUUGGGCCAGUCAGGGUCCAAGAGCCUCCAGCAUCCAGGGAGUUUCCAGUUUCCCUGGAUACAGGCUGCUCUGGGGUGGGAGGGAUUAGUGGGGCAUGAGGGAACUCCAGGCCUCUGCCACUCAGCAGAGCCUUCCUCCUCCUUUCCUUCUCCUCCUCUCUGGGUGUCACUGUGAGAGCUAGACCCUGUGUCACUACACACGCCCACUGAAGAGUUGGGUUUUCUCUCUUCUCCAGUGCUUCGAGGUGACAUCGGGCUACACUUCCUGCUCCACUUGGGGGACUGGGGCCUGAAACAGGCAGGCCUAUGUGUUUUCACCUCCUCCUGGCAUCUCUUCCCUCCAGGAAGCAGCUACCUAGCGGAGGUGAGAGGGCACUGAGCCCAGACACACCCCACACACCCACCCUGGGCUCACACUCACCUGGCAGUAGCCACCCCCCCAAAAGGGCUUGUGCCCAGGUGGUAAGUCUGUAGCAAAACAGCCACACUGGAGGGGUGCUGUCUGUGGCCAGCCCAACAGGCUGGCAGCCUUGGGAGCCCCUGCCCCCCACCCCCACCUCCACCCCGGGGGUCCAGUAGCUCCACACCAGCCAUCCCCAAAGCUCCCUGCCUCUGCCGAUAGGCAGGGGAGGCUCAGUCCACUAGUGAGCUCAUCUGGGAUCACUCCUCUUGUUUUGGGUAAGGUGAACACAUCUGCCCCGGGGAGACUCAGAGCCCACCUGCACAGCACAGCCCGGCUCAGUGCUGGAGCUAUGGCAGCAGGUAUGGGGCUCUUCUCUCAACUUCUCUCUACCAGAAGGACUGUCCUUAGGAGUUUGACUUAGCUACAGAUCAGGGGGUGUAGGGGUGGGGGGUGGGGGGAGGGGUGGGGGUGUUGACGACUAUAUCUUAAACUUCUGGAAGCUAGCGUGAUAUGUUAAUCCUGAGUAUAUGCUUUUUGGCUGUGUAUUGACCCUGUGGAUUUGUCUCUUUAAGAAAAGAAGCUGGGCGCCUUAUUAGGUGCAAUUCUGCACCUCUCUCUCUCUCUCUCUUUCUCUCUCUCUCUCUCUCUCUCUCUCUCUCCCCCUCCGGAAUCAUCUGGAAGGGAAUUCACACUGUUUAGCAUAUUCUCCUUGACACACAUUUGCUGCCACCAAUGUCGCCAAUCACCCCCACCCCACUCCCCUUACGAUGCCCCUUCCUCCACCCCCUUACCCACCUUGCCUGGGAGUGAAGACACGGAGUCCCUACCACUUGUUCCACAGUAGGGAAUAAAGAAAGCCAACGUUUCUUCUGUACAGAUUGCUUCUUGUCCGCCUCUCCACACCUCCCCUGAACCUUCCCAUGCCACUCCCACACCCAUGCCCUGUGCCUGCCUCUCUGUCAGCCUGGCGUGAGAGGCCCACAUAAAACCGCCCACUCUCGUGUGAGUUUUAUAAAAGAUGUACACUGUGCUUACCCCCUUCCACCCUCAGUACCUUCUAAGAGUAAUCAAGUCCCCUACCCCACCCUGAGUGGUGAUUUCCCUGGCAAGGAUUAGGGGAGCUGCUUCUACGGAACCCAGUGCCACCCCUUCCCUUGCCCCCCAACCCCCACCUCCCACAGGACCACGUUGUCUGAUGGACCUGAGAUGCAGCCAGUGGGGGACCUCCUCUCAACAGUCACUGCAAGCCUGAAUGCUGAUGUGAUUUCGCUCUCCUCCCAACUUCUUGAUCCUGCACCUUCACCACUCAGGGGACCCCCUUUCCCCCCCCACCCCGCCUAUGUCAUUCCACCACCAUCCCUCUCCUCUCCCUCAGCCUCAUGGAGAGGACCCAUUUUCUAAUGUCUGUAUAUAGUAUAUAUACUACAUAAAAUAUAUAAAUUAUAUAUAUAUAUAUACACACACACACUAAUGUAUGUCUUGUUUUUCAAACAAGAAUGAUUAAAUCUGUUCAUCUUA